AUGCUUUUUGUGAAUAUUGUCAUUAUUAUUUUUAUUAACACAAUAACUCAAUUCGCCAAUUCACUUCGUUACAUUUUGCUAGUGUUUAUCUACACAAAUCCUUGUCAAUUAUUAACACCUCUUUGGCUUACCUCGAUAUUAGUUGGAAGUUUAUACCUUCAACAAAUUUGUUAUCCUUCUCUACAUUUUUGUGUUAUGCUAGAACGUUUAAGAGCAACGUUAUUUUUGGACAAGUACGAAAAUGAGGGUAGAAAAUUGACACUUUUUAUGAUAAUAUUCAGUGUAAGAUUUUUUAUACUAAAAUACAGUACUCUACAUAACCCUAAAACAACUUUUUCAACUUUACGGGGCGGGACAGAUUUUACGUCGAGCGGGGAUUGUAUAGAAUCCGUGUCUGCGGAACGGGGUCAGGAAAAAACUGGAAAAAACUGCGGGGCGGUUAACUAGGGCUCUGAAGGGGGGAGAGACAGGGACAUAUAUUUGAGGGGGUAGAUACAUA